AUGUCGAGUCCAGCUCCUGAAGUUGGGACAGGGGUGGCUAAGAAGUGCAGGCUGUUGAUGCUGCCUGCUGAGCUUCGAGUCUUCGUCUAUGAGGAGUUGCUAGAGCACGAGGGGAAGGGUGCAAAGUCGCUAUCGCCGCAGAUUCUUCUUGCAUGCAAGCAGAUCAACCGCGAAGCCCAGCCAAUUCUCGACAACAACUUGAAGCGACUUUCAUUCAUCCGCAUCCACGCAGACGACGACGGCGUGACCAUCAAACACGGCGAAGCACCAUCAACUCAGAUCGACCGCAUCAAGCACCUCUCAGCCGCUUCCGACGCAGUACCGCCUGUCCCAACCGGACACACCCACGCCAUCAUCCACCUCCACCUCGCCGACCGAACCUUCGCAUCUCAAAUCCACACCAGCUUCCUCCUAAAUCAACACCUCUACCUCCUCGUCGCUCAGCUCAACAAUUCUAAAAUCCUCUCUCUCUCUCUCUCUCUCUCCCUCCGCAGCAGGACCAAGCAUAGCAGCGACCCCGAAGCUUACGAUUGGCGCACAAUCCUCUGGCCUCUCACACGCGUGGGCCCCAAGGUCACAGUCUCGCAUCGUCACAGUGACAUAUCGCAAGCUUCCUUCCAGCACCUCUCCUCACCCAGAGUGCAAGACGAGAUGCCUGUCACAACACUUUCGACAUUCCUGAAACUCAGGCGCAACGUCGAAGUUUUCAGCGAGAUUUCUAUGGAAGCGGGAGUGAAUUCUGAUGAGGCGAGAAGGGUCGUGGAGAGACUGUGUGGGCAGCGUUUCUUGCCUGAUUUGGAUCGGGGGCUAGUGUGUUAUCCUAUGACCGCGAAGCAGAUGGAGGAGCUUGUAGGGGAGAGGUAUCAGGAGACGAUGCGUGUUCUUGAUGGGGACUGGUUUAGGCAGGCGGUUUUGGAUUCGAUGGUGUUUCCUGGGGUGCAGCAGGCUUUUUGA